AUGCCUUUCAAAUCGCGUUGGCAGGUGCAUGUCCCGGAUGCGCACCUGGCAACUGUCCUGUUCACAUCGCCCACUCAUCCGUUGUCAAAGACGCACAGGUGCUUCUCUGAGGCAGCUCGUCCUGAUACGCAUUAUUUCACUACCCAUGACUUCCGACUAUGGUCGAAGCGUUUUGCGGCGGGAUUGCGCAAGGCUGGUCUCCAGUCGGGCGAUCGGGUCUUGCUCUUCUCCGGCAACGAUCUCUUCUUCCCUGUUGUUUUUAUGGGGAUCAUCAUGGCGGGAGGUAUCUUCUCGGGGGCCAAUCCUACCUAUGUCGCAAGGGAAUUGGCGUACCAGCUCCAGGAUAGCGGCGCAACUUACCUCAUUUGCGCUGAGGGGAGUCUUGACACUGGUAUUGAAGCGGCGCAGGUAGCAGGACUGAGUCGGGGUCGGGUGUUUGUUUUUAACAAUGCCAUCUUUGAUGGGCGUGGGGAGGGUAAGAUGGGUUGUCGCUACUGGGGUGAACUGGUGGCGUCUGCGGAGGAAGGCAGUCAAUUUGAAUGGGAUGAUCUAUCGACUCCGGAGAAGGCUAACCGUACUCUCGCCUUAAACUAUUCCAGCGGCACAACGGGAAGGCCCAAGGGCGUGGAAAUCUCUCACAAGAACUAUUGCGCCAACAUGCUUCAGGCGAAUCAAUCGUUUUAUCUGAAUCCGGACUGGAAGGCAAGAAAUGCUAGGGCUCGGUUCCUCUGUUUCCUGCCGAUGUAUCAUGCGAUGGCUCAGAAUAUUUUCAUUGCGAAUGCAUUAAAGCGUGAGGUUCCUGUGUAUAUUAUGCCCAAGUUCGACUUCAUCAAGAUGCUGGAAUAUACGGAGAAAUUCCGCAUCACGGACCUUAUUCUGGUACCUCCCGUGGUGGUUGCCCUAGCCAAGCAUCCUGCGGUCAGAAGCGGCAAAUAUGAUCUUAGCAGUGUCGAGGGGAUUGGCAGCGGUGCAGCGCCCCUGGGAAGAGAAGUCUGUGAUGAAGUGGAGGCGCUCUGGGAACCUGGACGUGUCAAUGUGAAACAGGGCUGGGGAAUGACCGAGACUACAUGCGCUAUACUUGGCUGGGACCCCACCGAAACAAGUCACACAGCGUCGGUUGGAGAGCUGAACCCCAAUUGCGAAGCAAAGAUUAUGGCCGACGACGGGGUCACCGAGUUAGGACGUAACCAACGGGGUGAACUCUGGGUCCGAGGCCCGAACAUUAUGAAGGGCUAUUGGCGAAACCCACAGGCCACAAAGGAAACCAAGACGGAGGACGGAUGGCUGAAGACCGGAGACAUCGCAUAUGUGGACGAUCAGGGGAAGUUCUACGUUGUUGACCGAAAGAAGGAACUGAUCAAAGUGAAAGGCAACCAAGUCGCACCGGCAGAGUUAGAGGCCCUUUUGCUGGAGCACCCGGCAGUAGCUGACGUUGCGGUCAUUGGAGUGUCGGUGAACGAUGACGAGCGCCCUCGGGCAUAUGUAGUGCUAAAACCUGGACAGAGCGCCUCCGCACAGGAUCUUAUCGCAUUCAUGGACGGGAAAGUCUCCGCGAUCAAGAGAAUCACUGGCGGGGUAGUUUUCGUUGAUACAAUUCCUAAAAACCCCUCAGGCAAAAUCCUGCGAAAGGUCCUUCGAGACCGCGCCAAAGAGGAAGUGGCCUCAAACCCGAGUAUCGCCGCAAAGCUAUAG